AUGUCCGACGACGAGAACUUCGGGCCGGCGCUCGGCGGCAGCAGCGGCGCCGACGACGAGCUCAGCCUGCCGCGCGCCACGGUGCAGAAGCUCAUCGCCGAGCUCAUGCCCUCGGAGAUGAGCUGCGCCAAGGAGACGCGCGACCUCAUCAUCGACUGCUGCGUCGAGUUUGUGCAUCUGCUAUCUUCGGAGGCCAACGACGUGUGCGAGAAGGGCAGCAAGAAGACGAUCGCGCCGGAGCACGUCGUGACCGCGCUGAAGGAUCUCGGCUUCGAGGCUUACACGACGGAGGUGGAGGAUGUGCUGAAGGAGCACAAGGUGCAGCAGAAGGACCGCGAGCGGAAAACGACGCGCAUGGAAGACUCGGGCCUUUCGCUCGAGGAGCUCGAGCGGCAACAGCAGCUCCUCUUCGCCGCCAGCGCCGCACGCUACGACCCGUCGGCGUCGGCAAGCUGA